GCCAUGGGAGGCAAGAACAAGCAGCGCACCAAGGGCAACGUGCGGCCCUCUAGCAGUGGCAGAGCAGCAGAACUUCUGGCCAAAGAACGAGGAACUGUUCCUGGGUUUGUUGGCUUUGGCACUUCUCCUAGCGAUCUAGGAUAUGUUCCUGCAGUUCAAGGAGCUGAAGAAAUAGAUAGCCUUGUAGAUGCUGACUUUCGAAUGGUGCUACGAAAGCUUUCCAAAAGAGAUGUUAUAACCAAACUAAAGGCUAUGCAAGAAUUUGGGACAAUGUGUAAAGAGCGAGAAACAGAGACCGUUAAAGGAGUUCUGCCUUACUGGUCUAGAAUUUAUUGUAAAAUAUCCAUUGAUCAUGAUCGCCGGGUCCGAGAAGCAACACAACAAGCUUUUGAGCAGCUUAUUCUGAAAGUUAAGAAAAAUUUGGCUCCACAUUUAAAAAGUCUCAUGGGACACUGGCUGAUAGCUCAGUGUGAUACUUAUUCUCCAGCUGCAUCGGCAGCUAAAGUGGCAUUUGAAAAAGCUUUUCCACCAAGCAAACAACCUGAAGCCUUAGUCUAUUGUAAAGAUGAAAUUCUGAAUGUGCUACAAGAUCAUUUUCUUAAAGAAACACCAGAUACACUAAGUGAUCCACAAACUGUACCAGAGGAAGAAAGGGAAGCCAAAUUCUUUCGAAUUUUAACUUGUUCUUUGCUAGCUUUAAAGAAACUGCUCUGCGUAUUGCCCAGUAGUGAGAAUUGUUUACUGGAAGAGAAACUUACACCUCUGCUUUCUCAAAGCAAGUUUUGGAAAUAUGGGAAGCACAAUACUCCCCAGGUCCGUUCAGCUUUUUUUGAACUAAUUUCUGCUCUUUGCCAAUAUGUUCCUGAAUCAGUGAGAGCUGAAGCAUCAAGGGCUUGCCCAGCAGUUCUUCUCAGCAUUGAUGACAGUGAUGCUAUUGUAUGCCCUGCUUUGUGGGAAGCUGUGCUUCAUGUCCUUGCAACCAUCGAGGAUUGUUGGAUUCAUGUGAAUGCCAAAAAGAGAGUUCUUCCAAAGUUAUGGAUAGUACUUCGAGAAGGAGGACGAGGUCUUGCUACUGUCAUAUAUCCUAAUCUGUUACCUUUCAUUAGCAAGGUACCUCAUGAUGUUACUGAACCAAAGCUGGACUUUUCUAGAACCUUUUUCACCUCCAUAAUUCAAGGCAUGUUGACUGAAAGAGCUACAGCUAGCCGUUCAGAGUGCUCUGCCAUCUUAUCAGCGUUUAUGGAAUGUUUGCGAUUUACCAUAUUGCAGAACAGAGGUGAAGAAGAAGAAGAAAUUAAAAUUCAAGAAAUGCUUAUAAAUGAUCAGCUAAUUCCUCUCAUAGACAUGGUGAUUAAAGAGCCCAGGUUGCAAAACGGACCUUUGUUUUAUGAGGUAGCAGACCUUUUAAGUUCUUGGGAAACAAGAACAGAAAGUUCAAGUGGUGAAGAAGAAACAGCUCUCACUUUCCAAAGAAUGUUGUCGAACCUCUGGGACGGACUUUCAAAAGUUUGUGUGGUCCAUGUUGAUGUAGUAGAGGCAGACGAGAAAGCUUUGGCGGCUGUGUCCUGUUUGCUACAAAUCCUUCAGAACCCAGAAAGCAAGAUGAAACCAAACAAAAGAAAAUCUGUCAAGAUCAGGUUUUCAGAAGAGGAUGAAGCUGGAAACAACACUGAGAACGAGAAAGAUGUGGAUUUAGGAAGUAGCAAUGAACCCGGCACUAUUUUUCAUCCACAGCAUCUUUCCCCUCUGAGGAAAGAACCUUUGGAAGAUUUAGUCUGUACACUUGCAGAACUUAGUAUUGUUUAUACCAACGAUCAAAGAUCUGACCAGCAUUUAAAGUUUCUCUCUGCUCUGCUCAGCGGCUUUGCUUCUAGUAAAGUUUUCCAAGUACUCCUGGAGAGUAGGAGCAAUAUUCAAGAAGCUAUCAAACCUCAAUAUGAAAAUCCAUCUCUCCAGUUUCUUUAUGAAAAUGUGAUCGGCUGGCUGAAAGAAGACUGGAGGAAAGAGACAGACUUUUUGGUUGAUAUUUUGUAUAGUGUCCUCCAUUGCUGCAGCAGCACCACACAGAGAGAAAAUAUUCUCAGUGAUUUAACAAAGAUGGAUCUGAGGUGGAAGAUUCUCCUUCAAAUAAUUCAAAAGGCGUGUUCAAGCUCAGAAAAAUAUUCCUUGGUUUCUAGUUGGCUAAAAGGGAGCGUGUUAGGGGAGAAGCUUGUAACUCUGGCUGAUGAUCUGUGCGACACAAGCCUGAAAACCACAGUUGCUUCAGCAGAAUCCUUCCACUCAGAAAAAUGGGCCCUACUAAGCCUGGUGUUAUCACAGCUUAUAAAAAACGAGUCCUUGAUUGGAGAAGUUUACAUCAAAAGGAUAAUUGAUAAACUUCAAGCAGCUCUUUCUAAAGCGAAGGAUCUUUCAGAAGCUGGAAAUACUGAGACAUCUGUGUCCUUCAUCUGUGACAUAGCCUCUAACUUUUUUAGCUCAGUUAAAGGAUGUUUGUUGAUGCCUUCAUCAGAAGAUUUGUUAUUCACCAUUUUCCAGUUGUGUGCAAAAAGCCAGAAUACAACAUAUUUGUCAGAUUUCCUUGUAAAUAAGCUGAAGCACACUUGGUUGUGUGGCUUAAUGUCGCUUUUGCAUCAGCUCGAUGAUACGCAUAAAGAGAGCACCUUCCUGCAGAGAUCUGCAUUCUGGGUGAAGAACCAACUUCAGUCAUCUGUGAUGGACAUUAAAAGUCUGCAGGUUUUGAUUUCUGCAGUUAGUGAUUUGUUAACCGCACUGUUGGAAGCUGAUGAAGUUUCUGCUUACAUUUUGAAAGACUACAUGGAAUGUCUGAGCCCAAGCAAAUCUGAAUGGGAAAAGAUGCGGGAAUCCUUAUCUACUGAGUGGCUAAAGAAACCUCUUUUAGAAGGAAGGCUGAGUAUGAAUUGCCAGAUUUCUGGAAUAGACCUGUGGCUUUGCAUCAUGGAUAAACUUCCAAGCCACCUGUGCGCCGCAGCACUGUUAAGUAGAGUGACCCUGCUGAUACUGGAGAAAGGAGUGGGGUUUGAAAACCAGGACCUGGAAAGAAGCAAACUUGAAAGUAUCAUUGCAGAACAGCUUUAUGCAUUACAGUGGAUUGAAGAACUAGUAAACCCCCCAUGCCUGCUUCUUGAAUUUCUUCAUGAACUCCAAGCAAUGAAUAUUUCACUUGAGAAAUUAGGUGCUCUUAGUAUUAUUCCCUGUCCAUUACAAAUCUUAUUUAAUAGAUCAAAAGAGAGUGGAAGACUCUGGGCCUUAACUUUGGCUAAAUUGAUAAAUACAAAGAAUAUUUCACCCUGUGAGAUAAAAGCCCUUUUCAAUACAACAGAAAGGUUUUUUCCUUUAACAGAAGGUGCCUUGCACACACUUCAGAAUCUGUCACCAUUUUUACUUGAAGAAGACAAGGAAGAGCUUGUCAUUCAGUGUACUGCUAAACUUAUGACGUGCAACAAAAUGGAACUUUUCGAGACUGACGGACCUUUUGGAUAUCUUGCUAUUUUAAAUUCUUGCUUGAGUGGUGGAAACAUUGACUGUGGAGAACUAAUGCCUGGAAUAUUAAAGAUCAUCAUAUCCUGGCGGCAUGACUAUGAAGACAUUUUUCUUUUCAGCUGCAAUCUGAAGGAAGCAAGUUCUCAGUUACUUGGUUUCAAUAUUGAGAUGAUCCGUUUCCUUUCUCUGUUGCUGAAAAACCCUUCCUCCUUGCUGGACAGUGAGUGGGAUUUUGUCAUGUGUUCCAUGCUGGCUUGGUUAGAAACCGCAAGUGAAAGCCAGGCAGUCUUUUCUGUUGCCUUGGUACAAGUGUUUGCAUGUGUGAGCUGUGAGUUGACUACUGCCUUGAGUGUAUUCUUCCAGGCAGUAACUCCAGAAAUGAUUGAAAAACUUCCAGCAAACCUCAUAAGUGAAUGGCAGGAGUUCUUUUCUGAAGGCAUUCAUAGCUUACUUUUACCUUUGAUGGUAAAAAUCACAAGAAAAGAAAAAAAUACAUCAGAAACAUCAUUUCAGAACUCUGUGUUGAAGUCCUUGGGUGAAGCUCUGAUGUUUGUCUCAAAGGAUCAGUUACUGAACCACAAACUUCCUGCCAAAUUUGUUGCUAGCCAGAAGACAAACCUCCCUGAUAAAGUGCAGACCUUGUUAAAUACAUUAUCCCCACUACUGCUCUUCAGAGCUAGACCUGUUCAAAUCACGGUAUACCACAUGCUAAAUAAGUUAAUGUCUGAUUUGCCUGAAUUUGAUAAUAAAGAUCUCAAAUCCUAUGGCGAUGAAGAGGAAGAACUGUCGUUGUCUCCCCCAGCAGCUCUUAUGACUGUCCUUGCCACUCAAGAAGACUUACUAGAAAACAUCCUAGAGUGCAUUCCAGUUGGAGAGUUUGCAGUUGUUCAGCCAUUGAGUGAGGAGUUUUGCCUUGUUUUAGGGUAUCUGCUCACAUGGAAAUUAAUAUUAACUUUCUUCAAGGCAGCAUCUUCUCAGCUGCGAGCUCUUUAUUCACAAUAUCUUCGAAGAACUAAGAGUCUGAAUAAACUAUUGUAUCACUUGUUCAGGCUUAUGCCAGAAAACCCAGCUUUUCCAGGAUCAACAGCUGAAUUUCCCAAUAAGGACACAAAAACAUACUUUACUGAAGAGGUUAAUCUAGACAUUAAAGACAAGUCAACGCUGUCAUCACAGAUCCCGCAUCUGGCUUGCUCAGUUUACUCCAUGACGUUAAAAGAUUUGCCAGCCAUGGUUCGCCUUUGGUGGAAUAGCUGUGAGAAACGAGUCUUCAGCAUUGUAGAUAAAUUUACAAGCAAAUAUGUCAGUAACGUCCUUUCAUCACAAGAAAUAUCUUCGGUGCAGACCAGCACACAGUUGUUUAAUGGCAUGAUGGUAAAGGCUCGAUCUGCUACUCGAGAAGUCAUCGCAACAUAUUCGGUCGAUGAUAUAUUCAUUGAGUUGAUAAUACAGCUUCCUCCAAAUUACCCCCUGGGCUCUAUCACUGUGGAGAGUGGAAAGAGAGUUGGAGUAGCUGUUCAACAGUGGCGCAACUGGAUGCUACAGUUGAGCACAUAUCUCACUCAUCAGAAUGGAAGCAUUAUGGAAGGUUUAGCAUUAUGGAAAAACAAUGUGGAUAAGCGCUUUGAGGGUGUUGAAGACUGCAUGAUCUGUUUCUCUGUUAUACAUGGCUCUAAUUACUCUCUUCCCAAAAAAGCCUGCAGAACAUGCAAGAAAAAGUUCCAUUCUGCCUGCCUUUACAAGUGGUUUACAUCUAGUAAUAAGUCCACCUGUCCGCUUUGUCGAGAGACCUUCUUCUGAAAUACAUCUCUACUAUGGCGAACUUCUCAGACACCAAGCACACCUGGAU